AUGAAGACGACUGCAAUUUUAUAUCUCAUAUUUUUGGUGUUUGCAAAAACUUCAACAAGUUUGGAGCUCAGUAAGUUUUUCGUUUUUCGUCAAAUAAUAAAUGCAAGUCAGAAAAAAUAAUAAAUGUGCUGCCUGUCCUGGCCAGCAAAAACUCAUGGUAAUUUUUCAAAAUAAGAUACCAUCUGGACUUUUUUGCGCGAAAAAAUGAAACAAAGUUUUUUGCGUCUUUUGAGAUAUCAUCUAACUGACUCAAAAAUGAGAUGACUUUUUUCUCUUUGAAAAAGGAAAUUAGAAAAAACCUCAAAAAACUUUUUUCACACCAAAUAACAAUCGCAUCUUAUUAAAUAUUGUAAUCAAAUCAAUCCAUCAUCGUGACACCAGAAAUAUUCGAGCGGUAUUUCUUUGAUAAAUAUAAAUUCAUAUAUAUUAAAGUCUCUGGCAGCAGCAACAGUUGCCGGAAAUUCUUUGGGUGUGUUUGUGUGUCACCCCCAAAAUAUUUAUGCGAGGUUAGGAUAUGAUUAGAAUAUUACAAUAAUAUAUGCAAGUUUUAGGCGGUAAAAUAUUCGAUUUUUUCUGGGAGUUACUGAUUUUUGUUUAUAGAUACUUUAGUUAAAUAUUUUUGGAAUUUCAAUUAAAAUAUAUUGUCAUUUUGUUGUGAAUCAAAUUUAGUGAUUGGGAUACUGUAGUUUUAUUUUCUAUUAUUAUUACACCACUAAAAGCAUUUUCGUUACUUUGGAUUUUAGAUAUAAUAUUUGGAUAGAUAAUUGAAAAUUGAAUAGAAAGUUUCAAAGAUCAUAUUUGAUCUACCCUUCAAACAUUUUGAAUCCAAAUUCCUGGCUCGCAGAUGUUAUUUAUACCCAGAGUGACAUAAAUUCCUUUAGAUUCACUUUUUCUUCUCAUUAUCCUAUUGCGCAAUUACGCAUUUAUGGUUAUAUUGCACCUGACUUUUGUGUGGUAUUAUUCGGAUGAAUAUAAUCUCUCUCAAGUGUCAUAAAUCGAUUUUCUCGCCUUGGCCCAAAAAAAAGUAAAUUCCUUUGGGACGAAAUGGACCUUUUCUAGUCUUCUUCCAAAAAAUGCAUACAUAAAAAGAUGCGAGAAAAAACGCGCGUAAUUGUCUGCACUCCAAAAAAAACUUGAUUGGUUUGACAUAUGAGUCAGUAAAAAAACUUAUUCAAUUUUGGAGCAUUUUUUGUGUGUGCUUAUGGGCCGAGUAGAAAAUAGUCAUAAUGUUUAUAUAAAAUGGGUCAUAAACACAUACAAUAAAUCAAUCAGUAGCUAAGAUGAUAAGAAAAGGGUGUAAGUUGCGCAAUUCUCGGCGAACUUGUGAAGGAUUUGGUGUGAAUAGAAUGGUGGGAGAGGGUGUGAAAUGUGAAUAGGGUUAGGAAAAAAACAAAAGAGAGCGAGGUCAGGCUUUUUUGGAGUUCAGAAGGGUCAUUUUCUUCAAGUAAAAAGGGAAUAGCCAUAACAUUUCUCAAUCAUUUAUUGGGUUUCCUUGAAAAUAUGCAAAUACAUAUCUCCUGUGAUAAUUUAUGACUUUCUAUUGUUAUUUUUCACAUCACACAUUUACACGUUCGCAUUAAUUUCCUCACCUAUAAGAAUAACAACAAUGAUUUACAAUCCACCGAAAAACUUUACGACUUGCGCGAGAUUAAUCUCACUGACUGACAUUUAGAAACAACUGUGUUUUGGCGAUAAUAAAAUUACAUAGUUUCUCGUGAGGGAAAUUUGAUUUUACAUGUGUUUUUUUGCUGGCAUAAUUGAAUAUACAUAUCAAGGAAUACAAACAGAAAAACAUAGAUAUCACAAGAGGGUCCACUCUUUUGUAAUUUGAGAAUCUACCGAUUAGUACAAAUACUCAUCCUUUUGAUGGUCCAUUACCGUGUACAUACAUAACAAAAUAGAAAAAUAAUGAUUUGCAGAAGAAUGUCGACAUCAAUUGGGAAUGUCAAACAACAAAAUUCGAAACGAACAAAUCUCAGCAUCAUCGCAUUUUGAUCAACAAAGUACUGGAGCACAACAUGCAAGGUUGGUGUCAAUUUACGAGAAAGUCAUUUAAAAUUCGUAUAAGUUAGGGGAGAGCAAAAACGUCGCUUGAAAAUUUAAUGAAUUUGUUGGGUUGGGUGGAUCGCGAUGGGUGAAUGAAUAGUUUUGAACGUUUAGUGGGAAAAAAUGGGGGAGAGGGCGCAUAAUUUUCGUUUCUUUAGAAAAAUGUGGUGAAGAAUUAAUUUUUUGUUAGUUAAAAAAGGGGCCUAUAAAACAUUGAGUUACAAAUUCAGAAAAAAACAAUUUUUCUGAAAACUGAAUUUCAAUUUUAAUUAUUGGUAAUGUUAGAAUAGUCUUCAAAAAUUCUGAAAGUUUCCAAAAGUUAUGAUGUUCAAUUCUCAAAGCUUGCUCAUUUGGACCCACCAAUUCCAAAUUUCAAUUAUUCUCCAAGAAUCUCAUCUCAUUUACAAAGUAUCGCAAUUUGCAUGUUCCCCUUCUAUUCUCCUCCUUCAUUCAUCCUAGUUCGUUUCUCAUCAAAAACGGAUUAAAAUGAAGGCUUCUCCACUCGAACUCAUCUAAUUUCCCCGCCAACAUAUUCCACCCAUCACCCUAAUUCACUUGUUUUGACGGCUGCGACGGGGUGUGCAACAAAUCCUUCUCUUUUUGAUGAUAUCGCACCAGCCGAAGAAAUAAUUAGGGGGCUAGGGUUAUUAGGAACAUACAAUUUGAAACAAAUACAAAAGGUCAUAGGUUCCGGUAAUUAUACAAUGUUUUUGUUUUUCAGAGCACAUCAGGAAACUGGAAGUGGAGCAUGGUGUCCAAAACAUCAAAUUCAUUCGAUGAGCAACGAAUGGUUACAAAUCUCAUUUUCUGCAGAUACAGUAAUCACUGGUGUUGAAACACAGGGAAGAUAUGGUGGAGGACAUGGAAUGGAAUACGCCACAGCUUUCAAACUUCAAUAUUGGAGACCUUCGAUAAACGCUUGGGCUUCAUAUAAAGACGAUAACGAGCUCGAGGUCAGUUUUUGAAAAGAAAAUGAAACCCCUUUUCCCAAUCUCUUCCUCCAAAAUCAUAUAAAAUUACCGCUAAUUACCCAUUUAAAAGGUCGCGGAUAAUUUACUACUUACUCCGUAUAACAAUUAAUAAAGGAUGAGCAUUAGGAAAUCGGAAGGUUCUUUUUAUUCUUUUGAAGGACAUGGAACAUUUUUUUGAAGAGUGAGAAGAGAGACAUGCAUUUUAUAUCAUUGAGAAAUUUUUUUUCAUUCUGGAAAGGGACUUUUUUGAAUAUGACAAAGAAUAAGAAUUAUGUACGUUUUUGCAUAAAAAGUUUGUUGUUCCUUAUGAAUCACCGAAACAGGCGGCAUUGUUAACUUUUACAACAACAAAAAAGCCGCCUUUUGAUUUUUGCUGCAUCUAAAUUUUUUUUUGUCGAUUUUAAACAAGAAUAUUCAAAUUAACACAUCUUGAUUCAAGGAUUAGUCGAGACAAUGUGUGUAAAAACAUAAUUUUGAAUGCGGUAGCCUCUAACAUGAGUGACAAUACAUCUGUCAGGCCACUUGUCGAGAUAGGCCACACUUUUUGUUUUAAAUAAAAGAUCAUAUCGAAAAUAGUGCCCAUAUGUCGACAGUUGCACUCUUACAUAAUACAAAUCUGUGUAUAGACGGUUUUGGUUUUUUAUUUUCUCAUGGAUAUUUUUCCUAUCCAAUCCAAAAGGGAGAAUAAAAAAACAAUGUUUUCAUUUUAUUAAUGCAAGGUCAAUCCUUAAAUGACUAGGCGGUGUGCCUUUUUUGAUCCGGUAGCUUAAUCUAAUCCUCUUACACCUACUUUUUACAUGCAUUCAUAAGAAAUACACGGUAUUUUGAAAAAGGGGAAGGGAUAAACACCAGGAAAAGUAAUUAUUUGGCACCCAUAUGUUAGAGAGUUUCCCAAGACAAUUGAAUUUUGCAGACAAUUCCGGCAAACAAUGACACAAAACAUGCGGUUCGUCGAGAUCUUGAUCGUGCAAUUAUUGCAAGGCGUGUUCGAAUUGUUCCGGUGUCCAAUUCAACCAGAACCGUUUGUAUGCGAGUUGAAUUAUAUGGAUGUGCAUUUGAAGACAGCUUGAAAAGCUACGAAAUUAUUGAUGGGGAUCAGCAAUCUGCAAUUUCAUAUCAUGAUUUCGCAUAUGAUGGAAGUUCUGAACAUCAACCAAAACUUGUUAAUGGAACUGGAAAACUUUAUGAUUCACAAAUCGGAAAAGAAAAUGUUUUUGUAAACCAUCAUAAAUGGGUCGGGUGGAGAAGAAAGCGAAACGAAAAUGUGAAACUAACAUUCAAUUUCACAGAAAAUCGAAAUAUAUCUGCAAUUCUCAUUCACACAGCGAACGAGUUUAGUAAAAAUGCAAAAAUGUUUUCCGACGCUACAAUUUUUUAUACAACCAAUAAUAUUGAAUUUUCACCAAUGAGUACAUUUUUCAUAAAUCCAUCGGAUUCUGAAAACGAAUCUCCACGAUGGAUCCGAAUUCCUGUUGAUAAUCGAAUUGGAAAAUCAAUUAGAAUUAUUUUGAAUUUUGCCAGUGGAUCAGAUUGGAUGUUUAUCUCGGAAGUUUCAUUUGAAUCAAAUCAUACAAAUAUAAAUUAUGUUGAUGAAGAAUUCACGAUCCCGAAUACAUUCUACUCUGUGGUAGAAUAUGAAGAUGGAACAAGCAUGUUUGGUAAGUAAUUGAACACUUAAAAACACCCCUCGGAAAUUAUUAUAUCUCUCCACCUUAUAUUUUCCAAACAAAAAACCAAAUCCUAUUUUUUUUUAAUUUCAGCAUUCAUCAUUUUCUUCUUUUCCUUCCUCAUUAUUGCUAUAAUCGUUAUGAUCAUCGUUUAUCGAAAACGUGACUACCGUAUCAAAGCAUCGUCACCAUCUCCAAAUGCCAAACGUGAAAUUCUAUUGACAAUUGAUGGUGACACUAUUAAACACCACGUAUCACCAUCAACAUAUCAAAUGGCAAGAGACAAUUUACAAAAUGCAAUGAUCGAAAAAAUGCCAAUGGGUCCAGUCAUCGGUGACUAUGCCGAGCCUGAUAUUAGCAAGUAUGUUUUUUUUUAAUUUUUCGCGCAUUGUAUUUUUGUAUCAUCCAAAUGUUUUUAUUUCAGUUGCUCUGACAUUACUGCCAAUACCCCAUUGUUAUAUGGACACGAUGGACCUUAUGACACACAUAAACCAAGGUAUUAUUUAUUUUUGGAAAAUAUCAAUAGUUUAUUCAUAAAUGUUAUUAUUACAGUAACCCAUUGUCAUCACUUGUAAAAUAUUCGGAUUAUGGAGAAGUUUAUUGUACAACUUUACCAGAAAUCGCAAGGGAUAAAUUAAUCUACAUAAGCAAGAUUGGGCAAGGCGAAUUUGGAGAAGUGGACAUGUGCCAAUUGGAAAAUAGACGAGUAGCCGUAAAACGACUACACGGAAUCAGUCAAGCUGAUGAAAUGUCAUUUCAUCGAGAAAUUCGUGUGUUAGGAAGUUUGAAGCAUCCAAAUGUUGUUGAAGUUGUUGGUGUGUGCACAAUUCAAAAACCAAUUUUGUGUAUUAUGGAAUAUAUGGAAAAUGGGGAUUUGAAAUCAUUUAUCAUGAAAACCCCUGCUAUCAAUACUUCAGGAUGUAUUAGUAUUUGCACCCAACUUGCUGCUGGUUUAGCUUAUUUGGAAUCGUGCAAUUUCGUUCAUCGAGAUAUUGCUGCUCGCAAUUGUUUGGUUGAUUCUGAAGGAAAUGUCAAGAUUGCUGAUUUUGGAAUGGCCAGAAGUCUUUAUUCUCAAGAAUAUUACAAAGUUGAGGGUAAAUUUGUUCUUCCAAUCAGAUGGAUGGCGUGGGAAGCAUUGUUGUUAGGAAAAUUCUCAACUGCUAGCGAUGUUUGGGCAUUUGGUGUAACAAUGUGGGAAAUCUUUUCACUUUGCACUGAAAAACCGUUCUCUGGAUUAUCAGACGAUGAAGUUGUUGAAAAUUUACAAAGCAUGAAUUCCAGCGGUAAUUUAAAAGUGAGUUUAAAAUAGUUGUAAUGCUCAAAACUGUGAAAUGAAUCUGUUUUUUUUGCAGCAAACCCUUUGCCGCCCAAGAUUAUGCCCUCAAAAGUUAUAUGCUGAACAAAUGUUACCUUGCUGGAAUUAUGAUGCAAAUCGUCGUCCAACUUUUGAACAUGUUCAUUUGAAUUUGCAAUCUAUGAUUCAUUUAUCACCACAUAUAACUUUCUAA